AUGGGGAGUCCGGGACUCCGGCCUGUGCUCUUGCUGCCUCCAGCGCUGCUGCUGUUCCUGCUGCUGUUGCUGCUGCUUCGCGUCCCGCCAAGCCGGGGCUUCCCAGGAUCUGGAGACUCACCACUAGAAGAUGAUGGAGUCUGGUACUCACACUCUCUCUAUAAAGACACUCCGUGGUGCUCCCCCAUCAAGGUGAAGUAUGGGGAUGUGUACUGCAGGGCCCCUCCGGGGGGAUACUACAAAACGGCCUUGGGGACCAGGUGUGACAUUCGCUGCAGGAAGGGUUACGAGCUUCAUGGCUCUUCCCAGUUGAUUUGCCAGUCAAACAAGCGCUGGUCGGAUAAGGUCAUCUGCAAACAAAAGCGAUGCCCUCCCCUUGCCAUGCCAGCAAAUGGAGGGUUUAAGUGUGUCGAUGGUGCCUACUUCAACUCUCGCUGUGAGUACUAUUGCUCACCGGGAUAUACAUUGAAAGGGGAGCGGACAGUCACGUGUAUGGACACCAAGACCUGGAGUGGCCCACCAGCCUCCUGUGUGGAUGUGGAACCUCCGAGAAUCAAGUGCCCAAGUGUGAAAGAACGUAUUGCUGAACCAAAUAAGCUGACAGUCCGGGUGUCCUGGGAAACCCCAGAGGGGAGAGAUACAGCAGAUGGUAUUCUUACUGAUGUUAUUCUAAAAGGCCUCCCUCCAGGCUCGAAUUUUCCAGAAGGGGACCACAAGAUUGAAUACACAGUCCAUGACAGAGCUGAGAACAAGGGCACCUGCAAGUUCCGAGUGAAAGUAAGAGUCAGACGCUGUGGCAAACUCAAUGCCCCAGACAAUGGUUACAUGAAGUGUUCCAGCGAUGGUGACAACUACGGAGCUACCUGUGAAUUCUCCUGUAUUGGUGGCUAUGAACUUCAGGGUAGUCCUGCCCGGGUUUGCCAAUCCAAUCUGGCUUGGUCUGGCACGGAGCCCAGCUGUGCAGCAAUGAAUGUCAAUGUUGGUGUCAGAACAGCAGCGGCACUCCUGGAUCAGUUUUACGAGAAAAGGAGACUUCUCAUUGUGUCCACACCCACAGCUCGAAACCUCCUCUACAGACUGCAGUUGGGGAUGCUGCAGCAAGCACAGUGUGGCCUGGAUCUUCGGCAUGUCACAGUGGUGGAGCUGGUAGGAGUGUUCCCGACCCUCAUUGGCAGGAUCAGAGCAAAGAUUAUGCCUCCAGCUCUAGCUCUGCAGCUCAGGCUGUUGCUUCGAAUCCCACUCUACUCCUUCAGCAUGGUGCUAGUGGAUAAGCAUGGAACGGACAAAGAACGCUAUGUCUCCCUAGUGACACCAAUGGCUCUCUUCAACCUCAUUGACACUUUCCCCUUGAGAAAAGAAGAGAUGAUCCUACAAGCUGAGAUGGGCCAGACUUGCAAUACCUGAUGUGAUGUUACAUUCUUGGUGGUUCCUCAUCUCUUUUUACGUAGUGCCCUGCCUUACAUAGUGAGUGCCUUUUACCUGGGAAGGCCUUAAAAAUAUCCUUGAUGUACAGAUUUUCAUUUGUAAUUUUUAAAGUCUAUUUUAUUAUGUGCUUUCUUGGCCCUUAAAAAUUGGCACAAUGUUUUUUUAACCUUGAAAUGUUUCAAAGUAUUGGAAUAUAUUUACUCUUUCUAACUCUCCCUUUAGUCUGGUAUUAGAAACUACAAUCGCACACAUACUCUCAGCGUAUUAUUCGUUG